CUAGCAAGUGUUUCCCCGAACAUGGCGGACGGUGCUUAUUCGAAUUUUCAAGGGACACAAUGAAAGUGCACCGAGUUCGCGGCUGUGAUGUCCUUGACUAAGGGCGUGUGGUGAUCUUGAGGGUGGUCGACGUAAACACCCGGGCGCCGCUGUGAUCGUAUCGGUUGCAUGCGUGCCGGCGUGUCGCCAUCCUGACUUCACGGAAUAGGGUUUUGCCGCGCCGCGAUUGUGUGUCUGAGAGCGACCGACCGUGGCGGGGCCCCCAUGGUUGUAAAUGGCUGACGGGAAUCGGAAAAUGAGGUCCGAACGUCGCGCGUGAUUCGACGGCUAAGACGCUGAGGUACUCGCGAUACUUUUUUCAUUCUUGUAACGUACUUAUCGCCGCUUGUAAUGGAAACGUACAUAAAUGAAUGAUUUGGCGGACGACCAUCUAUUUUGCACAUUUGCGUGGACCAAGCAAUUAUGUACACAGGGUAGAAAAUGUCAGAGCCAGAAGAAAGUCUGGCAGCGCCGGAUAGCACUACGAGGGAACAGAAAUUAGGUUUCUCUCAUGGGGAUGAUGUUCUUCUACAACACAAAGAUGGAAAAUAUUAUCUUGGAACAGUUGUUGAGGUGGAUUUGGCAAGGGAGAAAUGCCUUGUCAAAUUUAUGGACAACACCUCCUCAUGGUCCUCUGUUAAGGAGCUGACAAAGCUUUCAAUGCCAGAUUCUGAUGUUAUGUGCGUACUUUGUAAAAAAUCUCAGCCCAAGACUGAUAAUGACAUUAUUGUUUGUGACAAAUGUGGUCGUGGUUAUCAUCAGCUUUGUCACCAGCCUCAAAUUUUAAAAGAAGAAACUUCAGCCGAGGCACAUUGGAUGUGUAAAAGAUGUGUAGAUAGUCAACCACGAACACGUGAAGUUGUAGAACCAAAAACUUCUAUGGUAAAGGCAAGUAUCAGAAAAGUUUGCAGUGGUAGGGACCAACCUCAGCCGCCACCAGAUGAUAUGACAAAGUUGCCGUACGAUCCUAAUAUGUUAAAUUGGGAUGCACAUCAUAGAGUAAAUGCAGAACAAAUUUAUUGCUAUUGUGGACUAAAUGGUGAAUGGUAUACACAAAUGUUACAAUGUGCUCGUUGCAAGCAAUGGUUUCAUGAAAAAUGUGUCAGUUGCUUGGCUUAUCCUUUAUACAGUGGAGAUAGGUUUUAUGUAUUUGUUUGUUCAAUGUGCAAUUAUGGCAAGGAAUUCGUACGGCGACUGGAAUUGAAAUGGGUAGAUCUGGUGCACCUGAUGUUGUACAAUUUAACUGUUUACAAUGCUAAAAAGUAUUAUGAUUUGGACACUGUUAUUGUACCUUAUGCCAAUGAUAACUGGAAUACUUUGCAGCUUCCUCCACGGAUCAGGGAUGUCAGUGCUCAAAUACGCAGAGAAUCUAUACUAGCAAUAUUAACACAUAAUAGGAACAGAUUCAAAUGCGGCCGAGAAAUAAAGAAACGUACUACGAUAUGGGGUCUUAGAGUUAGAUUACCACCACCAUGUCCUAUUGUUAAUCUUCCAGCAACUGGUGUAAUAGAUGAUUCUGUAUUACGUAGAUGCUGGGGUGCUAAUAAAAGACUGCAAUAUCUUCCUCCACCUACAGGACCGAUAUCUUUACCAGAAAGUACAAAACAAUUAACUGCGCUAAAGCAAAGUACAGCAGAAAAUUUAGAAAUUCCAGUGAAUCCAUCGGAUGUAGUAAUGCGUGGAACAAUUUAUCAUCAAAAUUCAGAAGCAGAACAAAGUUCAUGCCCAAGUCCACUGAAUCAAUCUACACAAUCCCUGAGAGAAAGAUAUAUCGGAGGUGGCUUUGUAAAAAAAUCAUUCCCAUUUCCCAAACUCAGUUUGCAAAGAAGAAGACGUUUAAUGGCAUUAGGAAGUUCUCGUGAAAGAAUGUUACGUAAACACAAAAAAAGAGAAAAAGGUGAUAGCGCUUUAAGCAAGGCUCAGGGUGUUCGAGAAGCUAGAUACAGGAAAGCAAGAAAGUUAUUGAAGAAUGCUAUAGCAAAGAGUAAAUCUCGCAAUUCGGAAACGUCUGAUCUACCACCGACGCCUCCAACUUCAGUAUCUGGCCCACCUACACCACCAGCUACAACUUCGGGUAUAUCUGAAUUAUCUGUGCCUAGUUCUGUGGAAUUGAUGCAUCCUUUACCACCAUCUACGCCUGCGGAUACGAGUGGAGAUGAAACCAGCUCAAGAGGAACCUUGGACUCCUUUAUUCCACCACCAAAAGAUUUUGAAGGCAAGAAUAAUCCUUUCAGAAAUCUUAGUGAUUUAUUGGGUACAACUGGUAAUCUCAAUCAAACAAACCCAAGUACCCAAUCACCGUACAAUCAAUGUCCAAUUACAUUACCUCUACCGCUUACUCCUGUUAUAUCUCAACCGCCGGUAGUACGGCCAGCUAAAAGACAAUUAUCGGAAAAAGACAUUAUUAUAGACAGAAACGGGCAAGUAAAACGUAGACGUCAACAUCGGAGAGGACGUCCAUCGCAACAGCAAAUACAACAACAAUAUCAACAUACUGCCAGUAAGACGGCAACCAUCUUACCGGCACGUAACAACGAAGUUAAAAGUGAGUUUGCAAAGAAUUUAAGAAGUUCGUUUAACGGUGCCUCAAGCAGUGCUAGUAGUCAAAUUGGAAAUUGUGUCGAUUAUGCCUUAAACGGGAGAAGACUAAGACAACGUCAAAGCAAUGACAAAUUACCGCCCCCAGAUCCGCAACCGCAAAAGAAAGGUAGUGUACCUUCAUCUCCAAAGUGUUCACCUGUUAAACAAAGUACUCCCGACAUAUCUCUGGAUGAUUUAAAGUCAUCGGUGAACAUAUAUUUUGGAGCAGCUAAUAGGAUCGCUGCUGGUGAAAAGUUUGUCAUCAGAGCAAAGAGGAUAGGACCAAACGGUCAAACUCAAUACCUAAUCGAGUGGGAGGGACUUAACACUUAACAAUAAAUAAUUUGUUUAUGAUUAUAAAUGCAUUGCAGUCGUAUAGAAUUUUUGUUAACAUUGAGCAAGAGCAGUGUUAACCUUUUGCGAACGCGUAUCUACGGAUAGCAGCACAGGUAUUUUUACCGUUUAGGAUACGUAUCUACGGACAGCAGCACAAGCAUCUUUACCGUUCAGGACGCGUGUUUACGGAGAGCAGCCCGAUAUCAUUUUUACCGUUUCUACUACACACUACUAUUGACAUGACCACGAAUUUUGAACUCUCGUUUUAUCUUUUGUACUCUUUGUAAAUUUUAUGAGUUUGAUUUCUUCUCAUUGCGUGCAUUCGUACACGAUUUAGGCUGUUCUACAUGAUAUAUUUAUAUAUUGUUAUUUAUGAAAGUUACUCUACUAUGGCUCUAUAAUGUCUAAAAGAAGCAUGAAGGAUAUUACAUUAUCAGCAGUGAUG